AUGUUGGGCCGAAACCUAAAGAAAAGGAAGACACGAACAGUGAAGAGUAAAGUGGCACACAACUGUUACUGUAAGAGUCGCCGAUGUCUGGCUCAAAAGUUGAUCGACAAAGAGUAUGUCUCUCAGCCACAGGAGGACAACUGCACCAAAUUAAUUGCCGUGCCAUUCCUUGAGUACCAAACUCUGUCUGUUAUGUGGACAGAUCCUGAGUUGGCAUGGAACACAUCAGAUUACCCAGUCGAUGAAGUGAUUCUCCCAGUGAAGAAAAUCUGGACCCCAGAAAUCCAUGUAACAAAUGGAAUAGUUGCAACUAUGCAGCACAACUCUCAUGACCUGCUGGUGUACAGUAACGGCACCGUGAAGCACAGUGUGAUCAUAAACGCAGAGGUAAACUGUGAAGUCAAUCUGUUCAACUAUCCCUUUGCUGCUGACGAGUGUCCUGUCGCAAUCCAAGCCUGGUCCACUGAUGGAUGUGGCACUAAGCUGGCACUUGGUCGUUUGAUGAUGGUUGAUGGAGCCCAUGGAGAUUGGCAAACUGAUUAUGUGAACUUCGAUAAAAAACGAGAUGACCGUAAUUACAUCAUGGUAUCACUCCGCAUCAAACCUGCCAACCCUUUUAUAACGCUGCUGCUGCCCAGUAUGCUCAUCAUCUUGGCAGAUAUGGUCAGCUUCGCUCUACCACUGACAGGUGGCGAGCGCAAUUCUUUCAAAGUCACUCUGGUUUUGAGCUUCACCAUGUUCCUCAACAUCCUCAAUGAUCAGCUGCCUGGAGACAGCUCAUGCAGCCCUGUCAUCCGAACCCAUUUCUGUAUUUGCCUGAUCAUCCUGGUGGUGAGUAUGCUGGUGUCCUUGGUGCUGACAAGGGCAGCCCAAGAUGGCGGCCUCAUUCUCUGCUGCUGUUCCAAAAGGCCAGGCACAAAAAACACAAGAAGCAAGGAGCAGAAGCAGAGCGAGGAAGUCAAGACUGAUAUCAGCGUCAUACAGAUGGAUGCCUCAGGGGAGAGCACUCAACUGCUCGGAAAGGUGGUCAAAUUCUUGGAAGCUCUUGAUGCCAAAGAUGAGGAAAAUGAGAAGAGGCAGUGGACUGUCAACUUACUGGACAAGAUCUUCUUCUGGUUCUAUUUCAUUUUAGGCACUGCAUACUUUUGCGCCAUGACUAUUGUGAUGGCAAAGUAUCGGUGUAAUGUUGACCAUUUCGAUUUCUGGUAUGAAGAAAUCUAUUGAUUAUGUGUUAUUGCAAGUCCUGAUCCACUAAAACCACAUCCACAAUAUUUAUUCAGCCAUAUUUAUCUCACGUUUACAAUAGUGGCAGCUGGAAAGCUCAGUGACUAGCACUCCUGACUGGCACGGGAGAUCGAUGCUUCCCAGUCAGGGUGUAGCUGUCCAGGGGGACCUUUGGGAGGGCUCCUCAGUGCUGCCCCGCUUCCCUACCUUGUAUCUACUCUUACACAUAUGUUGCUUUGAAAAAAAAAAGUGUCUGCUCAAUGAAAUUGUAGAAUAAUAUGACAAA